UCCCCGGAACCUCGAAGUUGGACCUCUUUCAUCUGCGGCGUUCCUUGGCGUCCAUGGCGUUCCUCACCGGAGUGGACUUGGAAGGCCGCGUGCAGGAUCACCAGCAGCUGGCACUGCCUGCGCCAAGAACGAGGCGACGACGAAACAAGAAGCUUGAGGAGGAGGAGCCCUUAGCUAUUGAGGCUAAGCCGGUGGAAUAUAGUGACCUGCUUCGUGAAACGAUGGCGUUGGAGAUGGAUGACUCCUUAGAGGAGCUCAGGCGCAUGAUCAAGCGCACUCGCAAUAAGAUGGACACCGAGAUGAAGGUCUUAGACGGCUUCAUCUCUGACGUGAACCAAAUCAAGGGCAUGCAGAGGAGCUUUGAGGAGCCGCUGGCCGCGCUGCCCCCCAACCGCAGUGGUAGCCAGCCAGCGUUGAAGGCACCGCCACACAGCAUGGCGCUGCAGGCCAGCUCCUCCGCGGUUGCCUUGAGUGAAAGCCGGCGCUUGCCCAAGCGCAGCACGCCACUGCCUGCCUUGACACACUCACAGUCGACGCCUGCGAUCGGCAGCGCGGCGAUGCUGGCCUUGCGCUCUGCUCAGCCUUUGGUGCUUCCGAAGAGGCGUGCGCCUCCAUUCUCCCAGGGCCGACUACGCAGCGACGGACUUAGUUGGCGAGCUAAGAUGAGCUGAGACGAGAGUGAGAUGAGCCAGGAAUUUGUACAUAGAUGGUCACUGCUCUUGAAAAUUACUCUUGACGGAC